AUGGAUAUACUAAAACAUCGCUCUGUUCAAACGCAAUCAAUUCAAAAGAUUGCAAAUUCUAUUGCAAAAAAUCCAGGAAAUGCUAAAACGCGCAUUAAUGGUGGAAUUGAACCUUCUUUUCUGGAACAACUGUGGUCAUUUAUAACACCAGAACAUACUGGGGUAGUUUCUUUGCAUGCAGUCAAUAAACUAAUCUCUCUUGUAACUAUAGGUGCUAUACCAUGGGAAGAAACUUUGAAUCAUUUGACAGAUUUGUUAUCAACAUCUUCAGGCGACUCAAAAUUUCAUAACGUUAUAAUUACAGGAAUAACGGAUCUUCUAAUUAAUCAUUUAGAUGGAAAUAUUGAUUCAGUAGAAUAUAAAUCACCGUUCAAUAGUAGGGCAAGAAAUUAUGAAGGGAAAAUAGAUCACCCUUUUAUUAUUGUUGCUAAUUCUGAUAUUAUUAAACUAGAAGAAACAUGGUUAAUAUUGAUUUCACAUUUAGAAAGGAUUUUUGAUUUGUCAAGAGUAAAGUUUUCAGCAUCACAACAUAUCAUGAAAGAAAAGAGAUCAUUACAUUAUUUAAUAAACUGUCUUGAAAUGAUGAAACCUUUCCUAGAUUUUGUUAUAUUAAAUGGCUUACAACAACAUAAUAAAAACUACCGGUCUUUAACUAUUAUACAACUGCUGAUUCGAUUAAUGUAUAAAUAUGGAAUUUAUGAGAUAUUUAUCAAGACUUUGAUGAAUUAUUUACUUUCAAUAACACAAAGUUUAUCAUUUAUUGAUGAUAAUGUGAAUACUUAUAUUAUCAUACAAUCACUUGUGCAAAUAAUAAAUAUCAAUAAUAAAACCAAUUCUAUUCUUAAUGAAUGUUCAUCAAAUUUGCUUAAUCAAAUGUUUAAUAUCACUUGUGAUUUAAUCAACAACGAUGACAAUCUAUCAAUAACAACAACAAACAAUUAUAUUCCUCUAAUUUAUCAACUAUUAAUAUUAGAUGAUGGAAAAAUCCUCAUUGCAGAUUUAGAAAAAGGAGAAAUCAGAAAUUUAGCAAUGGUAAUUCUUUUCAGAUUACAAAAAUUUCAAAAUUUAAAAAUUAAUCAAAAUUUUUUAUCUAAAGAGUUAUCAUCAGAAAUAUAUAAUUUAUCAUCAUCAACUUUUCAAAAUAAAAAAAUUCAAAAGUCUAAUAACACACAGAUUAAUUUAUUGUUUCACAUUCCAUAUUUAUUUCAUGAAAACGACACAAGUAAAAUUGAAGCUUUGGAUUAUCUUACAUCAGUAAUAACUGAAGAUAUGCAAAUGGCAAAAUCAUUAAAAUUGCCAAUAUUUUUGUUAUUAUUAUACAUUCUAAGGAAUGAUAUUUCAUCAUCUAUUCAUCUUCAUAUCUUGUAUGAUUCUUUACCAUCAUUAAUCACAAGAAACGAUCCAAUUAUCACAACUAAAAUUUUUAAAGUUAUCACUAAUAUUAUGCAAGAGGAAGAGUUAAAUUUAAAUAAUAAUGAUGGUAUUUAUUAUUAUAAAUUAUCAACAAUUGGUAUAAGGGUUUUAUUUAAAUGCUGGAAAAGACAAAAAAGAUGUUGGGAAGCUUUAAUAUCUGUGAUAAGUAAUUGGGUAGAAGAUAGACUACUUAAGACUUCAAUUGAUAUUAAAAGGGAAGAUUUUGAACUGGAAAUAUCAAUACUGAGUACUAUCAGAGAUAUUUGUAAGAUAGAUGCAGUAAAUUAUUCUGAAGAAUUAAUUCCUUUAAUAUCAAGUUUACUUCAAUCAACAAUAUUACAUCCAAUUAGUUUAUGUUUAGUAAUUGACACUUUAAAUACAUGUAUUGAGGCCAAUGCUGCAGAUAUUUAUGAAGUUUGGAAUAAAUUCAUUAUUUAUAUUGCAGAAAUUGUGAAAAUAAAUAAAAUUUCAAAUUUACAAGUAAUUAGUAUGUUAUGUAAUUUUUAUCAAUUGGUAGCGAAACAUGAUGAUGAUUGUGAAGAAUAUGAAGAACUUAAGAAUGAGGUUUUAUCAAAACACAUGUAUCCAUUAAUUUCUACUGGAGAGGCCCCAAAUAGCUUAAAAGAUAAAGAAAAUGACAAUGUUGAUGAUGAACAAGAGAAAAAAAAACCUUUUGAGUUUCAAAAAAAUCAAGAGAUUUUAAAAUGCGCAUUAAAAGCAUUAUCAUUUUUUUCUGCAACUUGUAUCCUUUCAACAAUUUUUUCCAAGCAACCAAAGAUUAUUGUUAAUCAAAUAAGUCAUUCUAAAUAUUUAAGUCAGAUUGAUGAAUGGAAAUUUGUGCUGAGUAAUUUGAUUUCUUAUGAAAUUGAAAAUAUGAGUCGUACAUUAUUCAAAGUUAAAGGUAGUUUGUUUUCAAUCAGUUCAAAAAUUAUUGAAUCAUGGGAAAGUGGAAAGGUUGUGCCAGGAUUAAGAGUUGGCUAUUCAUUAGCAACAUUAAAUUUUUUCGAAUCAUCAUUACCAUUAUCAUCCUCAACAAUGAUACUUGAUAAAGAAGAGCAACAAAAAAAAGAUGACCUUGUAAAUAAAAUAGAAUUUAUAAAAUCAACUAAAUUUUAUAAAUUGUUGAUGAAUGUAAUUCAAGAUGUUAAUUUAACAGAUCAUUGGAUGAUUAGAAUUGGUGUGAUUGCUGAAUGGACUAAAUUUUUUGAAAAUGGCUUACAAGAAAUUUUUUCAAUAACAAUUAACAGUCAAAAUAAUUUUGAUUUUAAUAAUGAAGAAGAAAUAAUAAAUAUUUUAAAAGAUGAUUUGAUUAAGUUAUUAUCUGAAACUAGUCUAUGCUUAGCUUUGAGAUCACUUAAUAAUGUAUCAAAAGAGCAAUAUGCUGCAAAUAUUUUAAGAUGUUUAAGAGAUAAUUAUUUUGUUGAUGGAUCAUUUCAAGACACUGUUGAAAAACAUGAAAAUCAAGAUAUAAGCUUGAUUACAAGUGAUGAAGUACAAUUUAGUGUUAUGAUUUCUUUAGGAUAUUUAACAACCUUGGCAUCAUUUCCCACUAGAACUCCUGAAAUGGAAAAUAAUUGUUCACAAACAAUUCAAUUCCUUGAAGAAUAUUUUUUUCAAUCAAAUAAUAACCCAGAAACAGAAUCACCAGUAUUAUUGAUUGAUUCAUAUUUAGGUUUUAUGCUUGGAUUAUCAGGGGUUAAUCAUGAAGAAGUUAAAGAAGUCAAGACAAUUUAUCAAAAAGCAUUAUCUGAUUUAAAAAAGUUUGUCGAGUUAAAUGGAAAAGUUGAAAAUGAUCAUAAGCGGCGGAUUUUAGGUUCAGCUUGGUUUGUUGCAUUUUCAAAAUUUGAAAGAUAUGAUGAAAAUAUUAUUGAACUUUUUGAAAAAUUAACAAAAUGGACUGGAUAUGAUGUUCAUUUUACUCAAACUUAUUGUUAUGUAUUACAAACUGUUCUAUUAAUCAUACCAAUAAGAGCAAUAUUACCUAAUUUACAGAAAUUUAAUGCCCAAUUGAGCUCUCAAAUAGAAGUUCUUUCAUCACCAGGAUCUAAUUCUAAAAAACGUCAGAAUGCAAUUUUGGCUUUAGGUUCUUUAUCAGGGGUGAUAUAUCCACACAAUUUUUUUUAUGAAAAGGCCAAUUCAUAUUUGUUUAAAUCUAGACCAUUUACAGUGAUCAAUCAAGUAUUGGAUACAUUAAAAAAUAUAGCAGGUGUACCAUCAUCAUCACCAUCUAGUACUGUUUUUGCUGGAGCAGCAGAAAUAAUGAUUAAAGAUGUGAAAGGUGCAAGGCUGGCAGCUAUUAUUUUGGGCAAGAUGACACAAAGUGUUGAUAAACUUUUAGUUGAAAGUAAUGAUGUUCUAAUAAAAUCAGUAUCAAAAAAUAUUGCUGACACAGAACCUAAAAACUAUUCUAGAUUACCUAAUUCAAGCUAUUUGAAAUUUUUAUUUGUAGCAUUAACAGAUGUAACAGAUAUUUUUUCAAGUAAAAGUCGCUAUGUAUAUAUGAAUUCUCCAGAAUCUACUAUAUCAAUAGAAUCAGCACAAUUGUUUUUUUCAACACUUAUGAAUGUCAAUCAAGUUUUUCCACCAGUAAAUUGGUUCCCCUUACUUGUAGAAUUUAAUAAACCAAACUUUAAACAAUUUAAAUUGCAUAUUGAAAGUAUUAAGUUUGCAAUAAAAUAUUGUGAUUGGUCAGCAUCUUUAACAGAAUACCUUAUGUAUGUAUUAAUGAAAUUCCCUGAUAUUCAAGUUAUAUCUGAUGAUGGUGAUGAUUUUAAUAGUGGUGACUUAGGAUUUGAAGAGAUACUUGUUAAUGAUGGAAUUGCUAAAAUUUUACAACUUUAUGGAUUUGAAAAAAAUGAAAAUGACAUAAUUACAGAAAUCAAAAGGCCAACAACAUCUUCAUCAUCUUCAGUUGCUAUUAAGCAAAGGCGAGGAAUCAAUGACAUUUUAAAAAAAUCAACAAUUCAUGAUUCUCGUCUUUUAGAAAUCUUUGAUGUUUUAUUUGAAAAGUUAUUUGAAAAAGUGGAAAAUAAAUAUUUAAAAAUUAUUAAGGGAUUACAGAUAAAAUUUCUAAGAACGAUAAAUUAUUAUAUUCCAUCAAAUGACAAAACAUCCAACACUGAAGAUUAUUUGACCAUAACCCAACAAGAAUUAAUUAAACGAUUAAAAAAACAUUUCUACAAUUUUAAAAUAUCAGAUUUGAAAGAACAAGAUGUUUACAUAAUACAACUGUUUACAAAAACUUGUAUGUUUUCUAAUGAUGAUAUUAUAAAAGGUGAUCAGUUGUAUGAAAAUGAGGAAGAAUUCAAGAAAUAUGUUGUAACAAUUUGUACAAUGGUCCAAUUGAAUCGUGUAGAUUCAAAAUAUCUUAUAAAUUUAUUACAAGAAAAAAUCUUUGAUGUUUUAUUUGAAAAGUUAUUUGAAAAAGUGGAAAAUAAAUAUUUAAAAAUUAUUAAGGGAUUACAGAUAAAAUUUCUAAGAACGAUAAAUUAUUAUAUUCCAUCAAAUGACAAAACAUCCAACACUGAAGAUUAUUUGACCAUAACCCAACAAGAAUUAAUUAAACGAUUAAAAAAACAUUUCUACAAUUUUAAAAUAUCAGAUUUGAAAGAACAAGAUGUUUACAUAAUACAACUGUUUACAAAAACUUGUAUGUUUUCUAAUGAUGAUAUUAUAAAAGGUGAUCAGUUGUAUGAAAAUGAGGAAGAAUUCAAGAAAUAUGUUGUAACAAUUUGUACAAUGGUCCAAUUGAAUCGUGUAGAUUCAAAAUAUCUUAUAAAUUUAUUACAAGAAAGUUUAUCACACUCAUCUAAUAACAAAAAUAUUUUAAUAUUUUCAUGGAUUCUUUUUACCAUCCAUUUUGACAUAUUCAAUAAUACUAAAAAAUCAAACAAAAAAAAAAUCUUGAGAUCAAAAUUAGAAUGGCUUGUCAACUUGAUGGAUGUUUUGAUUAUAGUAACCAAUUCUCCUAAUCAAGAAUCAUCAUCAAUUAACAAAAUAUGGUAUUAUGGCAUUAAUUUGGUGAUGAAUGGUUUAAUUAAUUUAAGUUGGUGUGAAGAUGAUGUUAACAUUGAUAAUAUUAUUGAUGGUAAUAAUGGUGGUGCUACUACCCUUGCUAAUGCUAUGAUCAAUUCAUGUUUUAUUGAUUGUCAGAUAUUUGAUGAGAAUUUUAUGAGAAUUUUCAAUAAUCCUGUUAUUGUGAAACAACUUCCAAAUUUAAUUAUCAAAGAAAUUCAACAAUCAGUUGAUAUGGAUGAUAAUGGGUUUAACACAUUAAAUGAAAAGGUAACUAAAAGAUUUCUACAGUUAUUUGAAAAUUUGAGGAAAGAUAAGGCAAACGAGGCAAGCCAUAUAUUUUGGGAAAUUUUAAAUAGAUUGAGAUCACCUAAAAUCGGGCUUAUUUCAGAUAAUGAAAGUUGGGUAUUAUUUGAAUAUUAA